AUGAAUGUGAAUUGGAUUUCACACCUUGAAAAUUUACUUGACAAACAAAAAAAGUACGAAAAAAGUCAUGACAAGAAACUGACGAAGGUAGAACAGAAUGCACACAAUGGAAAUGAGCACUCGGAAUGUAAGAACUCUGUGAGAAAUCCAAAUAUUGAGAAGCACGAUGUUGCGAGGCACGAGGUUGAGAAGUAUGAUGCUGGGAGGAAUGACGCUGGGGGACCCGUUUGGGAACAGGGCUCAGAUCGAAAUUCCAAUCAGCUGAGCAAGUACGAGAUAGAAAAGUCCAUUUUGGAAAAUUACAAGAAGGAAAAUAUAAAUGAGUUAUACCCGUGGCAAGUAGAAUGUAUAAGGGAACUGAAAAGGGUCAGAUGGGAAGAAGGAGAAAAUUUCCUGUUCGUUGCACCGACAUCUGGUGGUAAAACGUUAGUAGCUGAAAUUUUUGCCUUUGAAGAAAUAGAAAAAACGGACAAAAUUUUUUUUUUGUUUCCUCUAAAUUCGUUAAUAAAUGAAAAAAUGACAUAUUUUAAAAAAAUAUGCAAAGGUACCAAAAUAAAGGUGGGAAUCGAAUUUUCUGAGUGUAACAUAAUUCUGUGGACAUAUGAAAAAAUGAAUAAUCAUUUAAACAGGAAAAAAUUAGACCCACAUGGGGAAAUGAUGGAAUUCCAAAAUGGCUUUAUCCCUUUAGGGAAACGAAGAAUGCAAUGCAAUAAUGGUCAAACCGUUAGGAUGUCAAAUUAUAUAUCGGGUAAUAACCAACUGCAUAAUUUCAUUGUCGUAAUUGAUGAACUGCAUCUGAUAAGUGAAAAAGGGAGGGGAAUUUACAUCGAGAAUAUUAUUUCAAAAAUUUUGUACCUGAACAAAAAUGGAGCGAAAAUAAAAAUAAUAUGCAUGAGUGGUACACUAAACAAUCUGACCAGAUUGAAAAAAUGGAUGAACGCUAAGUUGUAUGUUUCUUCUUAUAAAAGACCACAAGAAAUAAAAGAACAUUAUAUAUGCAAUUGUGGUGUUUAUAGGAAAGAGAGAGGAGAUGGAUUUCCCUUUUCAUAUUUGUGCAAUGUGAACGAUUUUUACCUCUUAUGGGGAAGAAAUAAACACGGUGAAGGGGGAGGAGAAGGACGAAACGGAGGAGACGGACGAAACGGAGGAGACGGACGAAACGGAGUAGAAGGGUUCCCCAAAGUGAACAACCUUAAAGGAUGCAACAUGAUGGAAGAAACGAAUAUCAUGCAUGAGAAGAAUGCAAAGGAUAAUAUUACUAAUUUUUUGAGAAAAAAAAAAAAUCCAUCGAUAAAUAACAGUCUUGUUCAUUCUCUUCUAUGUUUUUCACAACACAGUCGAAUGAAUAAUUUGAAUACUUUAAUAUUCUGUUCCACCAAAAAAAAUUGCGAAUUUUAUGUCAACUUGAUUAAUCAAUAUUUCAAGACCACCUACUCCAUGGAAGACACACCUGAGGAGGUACAAUUGAGAAGGCAAAAAUUAAACGAUAGAAUACGUCUUCUUGAUAGUUAUUCACACAAUAAUAUGAAUCAACUUAUAAGCAAUGGAAUAUGUUACUACUAUAGUGACAUCACGAAUUCGAUAAAAAGAUUGUUAGAAGUAGCGUAUAAGGAAAAGACCUUAUUUUUGUUAACAUGCACAUCUACAUUAUCCGUAGGCCUGAAUCUGUUAGUGGAUAGGGUUCUAAUAUCAUCUCCAUUUAUUGCACAAAACUUUUUAAGCGUAACUCAGUAUAAGCAAAUGAUUGGAAGAGCAGCAAGACACACCACAGGAGACUCUUUUCUUCUUAUUGAAAAGAAACAUGAAAAAAAAAUGAUUCAAAUGUUUCAGGAAAAUUUUACCAAUAUAACAAGUACAAUGAAUGGGAAAUCUUCUCUGGAUGAAAUGGAAAAAUAUUUAAUAGAAUUUCUUUGUCUAGUGGGUGAAUCUGCUUCCAUUCGAGAUGUAAUUGCUAUGCUUUCCUUUUCCCUACACUAUGUGGAGGUUCUUGAUGGUCAUAUCUUUUCCUCUCAAGCAUUCACGAUGUCUCAGUCCUUUUCAACCACACCUGCACAGCAAUCUCUUCCACAUCUGAUAGAGGGAGAAAGCCCAUGUAAUAUGUGCGACACCGAAUGGCUGUGUUCCUAUGAAACUCCAAUUUCAGCACGAAUCCAUGUAGAAGAAAAAAAGAUAGAAACUCCAAGUUGUGCAUUGGAAAUAGAUGAAGAGAAUUUUACCCCUAAUGAGCGUAUUUUUUAUGAUGCAAAAAAAGAGGAAAUUCAUGCUGUGAUCAAUGUGUUAAUAAAACAUAAGUGCAUAGAAAUUGAAAAGGAAAAUAAGAAAAAAUUCCGAGUAACAAAUUUUUGCAGAUCUCUAUGUGUAAGUAAUUUCACGGCAUCCUUUGGUACAGAAUUAUUGAAUGAAAUAAAAAAUUAUGACAGGGUUCACCUUUAUGAUAACAGUUUUCAUUUAUGCUACAUUUGUUCCUCACACAAUUUGAAUAUAGCAUCAUUUACUUAUUAUCUUCCAUUUUUAAAAAAUUUAAUUACUAUGAUAUGUUCAGAUAAUUAUACAAAACAUAUAAUUUUUCAAAUUUUAAAAUUUGAUAGUGAUAUUAUAAAUAUGUUAAAUUUAAAGAAUCAAAAUAUUUCAUUUCAUAAGAAGAAGAAAAGGUUUUUUUCAGAUGACCUUGUUCAGAAAAAAUACAACAAAUUGUAUUUAUCCAUAUUACUUUUCUUACAUUUGAAGGGAACAAAACAUUCCAUUCUAUGUUCUAUUUUUAAAAUAACUGAAGAUGUCUUACAGUCCAUUUUGCAGCAUACUUACAUGCACAUCCACAUUUUGAUUUCCUUCUUCGACCAACUUGAUGAGUGGAUCAUCUCCAGUUUGUUGAAAAAGUUCCUUCAGUACUUUAAAACGUCUACAUUUGUUUCAACAUCCGAUGCAAGUGGUUACAUGAUGACCAGCACCCUUCCACUUAAUGCAAAUCACACUCGUCGAUUUGCAAGAGGAAAAAGGAAGCACGAUUCUGAUGUACUUUCCACUGGUGGUGGUGUACUACCCAUCAUUCCUGGUUGA